AACUGUUUGUGUGGCUGCUGCUGGUCACUCGGGUGCUUGGAUGUGUGUGAGCGUGCGCGCGUGCGUGCCUGAAUGCAGCCAAGUUGAUAUAACCUUUCAUUUCAAUCAGCAUCUUUACGCUCAGUUGCGAACAUUUGGACGUUUUUUAAGCUAGCUGACGCCGAAAAAAAAGAGAGGAAAAUAGCUUUUCAGUAACAAACUCUUAAUAACAAGUUUGCGUCGCGAAAAACCCGACAUACGCAGUUUGACCAAAUUUUCUUUUUCGUAUUUGUUGACACCGGCUGACCAUCUUUUUAGGUUUGUUAACAGUUUUUUUCAAUACGUGGAAGAGUUUGAGGACAAAAGGGAUUUUUUUUCAUGUCGCUCGUGUAAAGCUAAUGAAGUUGUAACCGUCCUGAAAGAGACGGCUAAUGAAAGGUAAAUAAUUGGACAUAAGCUAAUCAGCUAUAAAAUGCUAAAGACCUUGACGAAGAAGCUAAGAAGACAUUCGCUGAAUGAGAUACACCCGUUCCAAGUCAAGAUUUCCUAUAAUGGUAGUGGAGAAGGAGAGAGUGAUGAUUCUGAAGGCGAGAACCAGGAGCUGGCACAGAUCGACCGUGAGAGAAGAAGAAAUUGCGCCCUCACCCCUUUGGCCACCAGCCAGCAGCACAACCAGGAUCCUGUUUCGCCUGCCCGGUUACGACGUCUCCGCCUUCUCUUAGACGCCAAUCUGGAUCGGGAUUCCUCAGAGGAAGAGCUUGAACGAAUCAGCCGUGGGGAAAACCGAAAGUGGAUGUCCUCCCUCCCACAGUGCCACGGGGAUCACCACAGUAGUGCUUCCAGCGAUGAGGAGGUGCGGGACCUGUGUUGUUGCAGGUCGCCGCCUGCUCCUCCCAGACCUCUGGUCGAGUCCAGUGCCUGCUUCGCUGCCACUCCCAGCCCUGUACUCUUCAGUUCCAGCCCGCCACAUAGCCUCAAGCCACCCCCCAUGAGAUUUCAGCUUCAAGUAGUAAAGCCAGUAGCACGGCCUAUUAUUUUGACCCAUUUUGACCAGACAGCACCUUAUAGACGGUAUCGACACAGCUAUGGUGGAGAACCAGGGAGACCCAGCCUGGAUCUGGAAAAAAUGCAGCAGAAAAUGCUGCUAAAAAAGAAGUGUGGAGGAAAGACACGGACCAUAAAGAUUCGGAAUUUGACCAGCACUCGUCCUCCGCCCAGGUACACCUAUGACCCCGCUAUCUUCGCCUUCCGGUCCUUGAGCACAGUGCCCCCCUGCAGCCCCCUGACUCCAUCAGAGGACCCUCCGUUUUCAUAAGCAGGUCCAUCCUCCUGCCAGACACCAGCUGACACCCCCCUCUCCUCUCUACUCCCGGCCGACUGCUCUUCGUUGUGGCUUCCGUGUCAUGAAGGAAACUAACCGCUGGUAGAACUGCCUCUCUCUCAGGUAAUCCCUCCCCGUCUCUUGAACUGUUGCUGAAGGGCAGCAGGAACAUCGGCGGAACACAGCGGCAUAAUGGAGCAUCGCCGAGGACUUGUGGCUUCUGCAAACGGCAGAUUCUGAAGCCUUUGUGGAGCCACCCCCCUAAAUCUCAGUUAGAAUGAAUGAUGCAUGUUAGACAAUCAAGGGUUCCUUACUCUGUACGAUUCUGACCAGCUUCUGUCCAAACAAAGGUUUGGUGCAUCGUCUGUUGUCGACAGACUAACAGUUCUUACCUGAGAAACCGUUUCCAGGUAAGGUCAAGUCAAACUGAAAGUUCUCCUCUCGUCUUGCAUGACUUAAGCUGUUUUGCAGAAAGACAGCUCUGUAAAAAGAAGUAUAGUUUGCUGCACCUUCCACAUAACGAUGAUGUAUUCUGCAUAGCCUACCUAUAGCGUACAUGUAGUGUGCCAUUUCUGUUCUCCACUGUAGAACCUCAAUAUUUCCCAGCUGGAUGAGGACCACUUGUUUAUGAUCUGAAAGAGGUUGUAAAGGUCUCUCAAUGCCUUGACCUGACAUUCCUGUUGUGAUGAAGGAAAUUUGAGGCUUUUCUGAAGCAAACAAAUAAGAAAAUCUGCUCAAGUCGAUGUAACAUCGUGACGUCUGCUGAACAAAUAUGAAUGAAUAAAGUCCUGUGGCCUCUUUUAA